UAAUUAGGAUCCAAACAUUGCCGGUGGCUUGUCAUAUAAAUGCAGAUCGGUGUGAAGUUUAGAGCUAGAGAACGUCUUAAAUUGGAUUACGGUAACCACAAAAGGACUCCAAUCUAGGUACACUGAACACACUUAUGUCCAUGAAGUCUGAUUCUGUUGCCAUGACGUCUCUUGCUGGGGAGCGUAAGCAGGGGGCGGUGGGCAUCUUUGGCACAGGGGACUUUGGACGCUCUCUGGGACUUCGUCUGCUCCAGGCAGGAUAUGAGGUCGUGUUUGGGUCACGUGACCCCAAGAACUCGGCACUGGUGGCCAAGGGUUCAAAGGUCAUGACCCACACAGAGGCAGCUCAGAUGGCUCAGGUGAUCUUUAUAGCCGUGCAGCGCGAUCACUAUGACUUCCUGACCUCGCUGACCCCUGCUCUGGAGGGCAAGGUGCUGGUGGACAUCAGCAACAACCUGAAGAGGGGCCAGUUCCCACAAUCCAACGCUGAGUACCUGAGCAGCCUGGUGCCGGGAGCGUCUGUGGUGAAAGGCUUCAACACAGUGUCAGCCUGGGCCCUGCAGUCAGGGGCGCUGGACUCUGAAUCAACUGUGUUGGUGUGCGGGGAUGACCCCAAAGCUAAGCAAGCAGUAGUGGACAUUGCCCACAGUCUGGGGCUGAGUGCCCAGGACAGGGGCUCCCUUGGUGCUGCUGGGGAGUUGGAGGACAUCCCCCUGCAGCUCUUCCCCAACUGGAGGCUCCCGCUCUGGGUCGCCACGGGGCUCACCGCCUUCUUCUUCUUCUACCUGCUCAUCCGCGACGUCAUCUACGCGUACGCCGAGAAGGGACAGGACAUUUCCUAUCGCAUCAUGAUCACCCUGGCCAAUAAGGUCUUCCCCAUUGUUGCCCUGGUAAUGCUGUCUUUGUGUUACCUGCCAGGAGCAGUGGCGGCCAUCUUGCAGCUGUAUAACGGCACCAAGUACAAGCGCUUCCCUGAUUGGCUGGAUCGCUGGAUGCUGUGCAGGAAGCAGCUGGGACUGUUGGCCUUGUUCUCUGCUGUUCUUCAUGUGGUCUACACAUUUAUCAUCUCCAUCAGAUACAAUGUCAUUCACACAAGUGACACAGAGGUCAUAACACAGAUCAAGAAGAACCAAUCGGUGCCCUUUGACAAUGCUGAGGCCUGGGCGACAGAUGCCUUCCUGUCCCUGGGGGUUCUGGGCUUCGCCAUGUUUCUGCUGCUGGGGAUCACCUCUCUACCUUCGGUCAGCAACACGCUCAACUGGAGGGAGUUCCGCUUCGUACAGUCUAAACUAGGCUACCUCACCCUGACAGUGUGCACUACUCACUGCCUCCUCUACGGAUGGAACAAGUUUCUGAAGCCGUCCACCUACAAGUGGUUUACCCCUCCUGGGUUUAUGCUGUGCCUGGUGGUCCCCUGCAUUGUGCUGAUUUUGAAGCUGAUCUUGUCCAUCCCCUGCAUUGACCACAGAAUCACUCUGAUCCGGAAUGGUUGGGAGAGGCCGACCAAGGUGCAAAGCAGCAAAAUGGAUGCAUUCCUGGAGAAAGGAACAACUCUUUGACAUUAAAGUGACCAUUGUAUUGCCAAUGAAUGUAACUUAUACAACUGUAGUUUAAUGCACCUGCAGUGUCAUACCAAAAAAGUGUUCCUAUUAUGAUGUAGAUCAGUGAACUAAAUUUACUGCAUUUAAUAACAUAAGACAUACUUGUGAUUGUACCAUAUAAUCAAAAGAAUAUGCAUAUGCAAAAUGUUGAUGUUUAUGGAGUGCAUGACAAGAUGCCUAUAUAAACACGAGGAAGUGGAUUUUCAGACAAUAACCCAUUCAAAACAAUAACUCACAAUGGCUCACAAUAACUUGGUUGAUUGAUGUACAACCCCAAAUCAGAAAAAGUUGGAACACUGUGUAAAAUGCAAAUAAAAACAGAAUGUGAUAAUC